AUGGAAGGUGCACAAGGAUACAAUGUAGGAAGCCUGACCUGCGCCGCACGUUCCGCGACAGCAGGCCUGGUUUGGUCCGCCAUCUUCUCCCCUGGAGGCGAUGCUGUCCUGACCUCCUCGGGUGACUGGACUGCUCGGCUCUUCGAUGUGGAAACGGAGGAGUGCCUUCGAAUCUUCAGUGGUCACGAGGAGCGGGUGCUCGCGGCUGUUUUUCUGCCUGCUCCUGUCAUCGUGGGGUCUGCGAAGACGGCUGACGACGAGGGACACGGACUCUCUCCAAAGAGUGAGGGGCGUCAUCUCGACUGCGAAGAUAAACGUCGGCUUUCACUCCCGGUGGAAACAGUCCCUUUCCUCCAAUGGAAUCUUCAUCGCUAUGGCCGGGCGUAUGGCGACAGGCGUGAUUCCGGUCGCCGCCCUGGCAAGUCAGAGAACUACAACGCCCAACGGGCGGACAGAGAUAUGGUCUACACCUUCAGAUACAAACCCAGUGGGAAGCAGCUUGGCCCGCAGGGAAUUCGCUUGCCGCCGACGCUCAGCACGUUGGAAGAAUGCCCCGACGGACCCUUCUCCUGGCAACCAGUUGAGACAAAGAAGCAGCUGGUACUGCUGGAGCUGUCGAAGCUCUCAGGGACGAUCUGCGUUUUGCGCAAUGAUGCUGCGACAUGUCGAGCCGGCAGCCUAACCAGCCGGCGCUGGCUGCUUCGGAAGAAGAUGCAGCCGAAAACGUCGCAUCCUGGCUGCACUGAGCGCCGGGCCGCUCGCUCUUUGAAGAAGAGUGCCUCUGCACCCGCACCGACUGCGCCGAUUUUGCCGGUGAAACGAAGCAGCCGUACUCGAUGGACGCCAUUGUUUCGAGAUCCAACUUUCGGUGGAAGCAUUGGCCACAGCGGAGACCACAGAAAGGCGAAGCCCACCCUGAAGCCGUCACGCUUUGUCUUCGAAGAUGAGGCUGAGUUACUGUUGACCAAUGACGGUCGGCAAAGGACUGGUGAGGCCAUGUCCGACCGACUACAGGCAGUUUGGAAAAUCGUGGUGCAGGAGGAAGAAGAGAAGCCAGACUCGCCGCCUACACCCUCCUUGUUGGAUGUCUUCGCUCCACCAGACUCGGCACUUCCGAGAAUCGAUGCGUCAACCUCUCCGAAUCCGGUAUGGCUAGAAAUGGCAGUGUCUCCAGUGGCGCCGCCGGCGCUUUCGCUAGCAGCUGGCUUGCUAGAGCUCGCCAACGAGCUUCAACGUUCUGAACAAGGGUGCGAAGGGGUUGUCAUCGACGCUCGUAACAAAGUGCAGCGUACUCUGGCCACAUGUUGGGAGGGCCGCCCGCUGCCCCGCGCAUGUUUGGCUUUGAGAAACUUCCUGAGCGAAUCGGCGCUCAGUGCGGAUGUGGAAGUGAAGCUCGUGAAGCCAAACGGCGAAAGCGGCUUCGUUGGCAUGCUUUUGCGAAAGGGUGUCCCGGAAGCCAUGGUUAAGUAUCGUGGGGAGCUGCCGGGCAUACCAUUUCGCGAGGAGUGUAAUUAUGUCUUCGCCGAGUGGCUUGGCUUCAGUGACGUGGUGGCCCCGUGUAUAGCAGUGGACUUGCCAUUGACGCUCGCCGACUUUUCCAGUCUCAGUGUACUGGAUGUACUACGAGAGCACACGGCUGCAUGGGUACAUGAGAAGGAGCAGAACUGCAAGACAUGGCCCGCCAACAUGUGGGUCACGAUGGAGAAGUGCGUUCUCAUUGGAGAGACCGAGCACGCACCUACUGCGCCUGCUUCUCGCCUAGCCAACUUCUUCGGAUCCGUUGACCUUCUACAGGCGUACGCUGCCACACCCAGUGGGCCAAGCUGUGGUGUAGAUGCCCUUCUCAGAGACACCUAUACCCGGCAAGAGCCCACGGAUGCCGACUUUUUCAGGCUUGUAUCGUGCUUGGAUGUGCAAAACAUACAUCGACUUUGCAUGUUGGCAUGCAUAACACUGCAGCGUGACGGAGGCCCGUCGAAUUUGAUGGUGAGGCAGAAGACGGCCGGCGAGGCUGAUGCCUCUUUCGAGCUGGUAAGUAUUGAUUCGACACGAGUCCUCAAUGGCUUUCCUAGCGAUGCGUUGCUUCUUUUCGACGACAGUGACGGCACGAUCGGCCAGUUCACAUAUUGGUUCCCGGCCUGUGUUGAAUUGCCCCAGGCUGCCGAGAUCCUGCAUCCCUCCGUCGCAUCUGCGUUGAGGUCGCUCGAUGCCAGCACAGUGGAAUGCUUCCUUGAGCAGCUCCUGAGCGUGCCUGGUGCCUCCUUGGCACGAAGCAGAUCCGAAGCGAAAGCAGCCUCCAACAGGUUGAGGCACUUGCAGAGCCUGCUAGAGGAUCAGGAGCUCACAGCCCGUGACCUUUGCUUUCGGGUAGUGCCUACCUGGGAGGCCGACUACUGGGCACCUGGUCGCAGGGAGUUGAUCCCCUUCCAUGACCUGGGAGUGCAUCUUCACGCGGGCGGCAGCGCGCAGGAAUGGGAAGAGAAGUGCCGCUGGCCAUACGGCAGUCAACGUGACGAGACGGAAGGUGCUCGAAAGAUCAGCCGCCUCAGCACCGGCAGCGCCUUCAGCAACAUUUCCUCCAUGUCACGACAGAGCUCCACUGGAGCCGUCCCGCAGCUAGUGUCGAGGACGGCAUCGGACGAUCCGGUCGCGCACCGCCCUUCACAGGACUCUCGAACGUCCUCCCUUGUGGACUCCAAGGAAUCAAAGGGCUCUGGCUCAGUCCGGGCGUCUUCGAAGCUAUCCAGGGACUCUCACCCUCGUGCUCCGAGACCGCUCCGUGACAUCGUUCGUCGCACGACACCCAUGGAGUCGGACUUGAUCGUGCUCGGAAGCGAGGUUUCCGACGACAGCCAAGCGUCGCUGGCCACGAGUCCCUGGGCUUCCGAAGACUUGACGACAGAUUCCAGGCUGAUGAGAGACAAAGAAGAGCAGAGAUCCCCCAAGCCGCUGGACAGAGCGAGCACUGGCGAUCUCAGAGGCAAGUCACCCCGGGCUGAGAAGACCUUGCUCCAGAUGGAGCUACAGCUCAAGAGCGAGUCCAAGUCGCACAAGGCUUUGCCUGGCAUUCACAGGAAGCCGUCCCGGGAAGCAUCGGGCGAGCUGCCUGGAUCCCGUCCUCAGUCCCGGGCAGCGUCGAAGCAGUCUGAGAGCCUCGAUGGAACGCUGCUCGCGGAAAGGAGGACCCCGUCCAAGGGUGUUUUGGAGCAGUCUGCGGGCAACCUCCUUCCAAAGCAGACGAUGAAGGGCCAGCAGGCCGCCGACGCAGAACGCAUUAGCAUGAGCACGUCAGAAGUUAAGGAGAGUUAA